ACUGUGUCUGAGGAAAGAGGGGAGAAGAUAGCCUGUGUGGCACACUAAGCCGGGCGCCCAAUCAGGCAACUCCUCCGUGUGGCGCACAAACCAAUCAGAAGCCCACAGCUGAGGUUAAAGAUUGACAAUCGCAGAGAGAGCAGCAGGAAGAGCAAGGCCCUUCUGGAAAAUUCUGCUUUGUCUCAUCCCCCACCGGCCUCACUAAUUGAAAAAAAAAAAAAGGCUGAAGAAUUCUGUGCGUAAAGAGGAAAAAGUGUGGCUGAGGAGGAGGUGAAGACUGAGUCAGAUGCAGUAGAGGGGAUGGAGAUCUCUACACGAUCCAAAGUUUCAGUCCCUGGGUUAGUGGAGCGAGCGGCGCAGAAACGAAAGGUGCCCAGCCCCCCUCACUCAUCCAACGGUCACUCCCCUGCUGAGACCUCCUCCAGCCCGGUCAAAAAGAAGAAGAAACCAGGAGCAGUCAGCAGCAGUAAAGACCAGGUGCGACCUCCCCCUCCACUCUCCUCUGUGCUCACACUGUGAGGCUGCUGGGUUUACACUGCAGUUACACUGCAAUAUAUCCUACUAAAUAAAACUAGUAAACUUUCGGUUCCAAUUGAGUCUUUUGGUAUGCCAUGGGACUAUUUGAUGUGUGUGAGACCAAGGGUUUAUAUUUUCUUAUAGUGUUACAGUAAGCCUAUAUGUCCUAAUACAAUUGUUAUCUAAAUGAUUAUUGUUUCGUUAAUGUGUGUUUGCAUGCUUCAUUUUGCCUACUGAAAUCAAGAAAUUGAUUGAGUUUUCGGAUAUUGCUCAAAGAAAAACUGAUGCAAUUAAUGUUUAACACUUUUAAUCAGCUUUAUAAAUGGUCAAUUAUAAUAGCAACAUUGGUUUAUAAGCCAUGGAUCAAAGCUUGUCUCAAUGCAAAACAGUAAUGGGUGUGGACCAAAACACAGUUUCUCAGAUCCAAUCAUUAAGUGAUACUAAAGGCUAGUUUCUCAAACUGAUCCUUUUCACUGUCUUGACCUUUGAAAGGGGAUUUGCAAUAUAAUCUACAGUGAUUCUCUUCCAGUUUGAUAACAGAAAUGAUCAAUUAAUACACUUUUGAAUGCCUUAUGUUGCAACACAGGGUUCUAAGCAAUCUGUACUUUGGACCGUUACUAUGUAACUUCUGUUGAUUCUAAAAAAUGUUUUGCAUGUUUGUGCUGCUCAUGUAAUCUCACGCCUAAAUUAAAUGUUGAACCCCUCCAACUUUCUCCUUCUCUUGCCUACAUUUCAGUCAGAACUAAGACAUGGUCCCUUUUACUAUGCGAAGCAGCCAACACUCACCACAGACCCUGUUGAUGUUGUACCGCAGGACGGCAGGAAUGACUUUUACUGCUGGCUGUGCCACCGCGAGGGCCAGGUGCUCUGCUGUGAGCUCUGCCCGAGGGUGUACCACGCCAAGUGCCUCAAACUGCCCGCAGAGCCCGAGGGUGACUGGUUCUGCCCUGAGUGUGAGGUACUCGCUUGUGGGUGGGACUGGAAACCAGUUGUCUACUAGGAAGACAACUUUAAAAUGCGUGGGAGGUUUGAGGCUGGGGGUUGAGUCCUGACUAUGAUGAAAGACAUCCCUAUUUAUUGGAAGUUACAGGGUUGAGCAAAAUCUUGGAGCUAAAAGAAAUUCUGAUCGUGUUGGUUUAUGAUGUUGUCAAGGUUGUAAAAUGAGGCUUGAUACUGAGAAUAUCCUUUGAGAUGGCAAAAUACCUUUGAAGCUAACAUCUUUCGCUCUACCUCUUUUCUUUCAGAAAAUAACAGUUGCUGAGUGCAUAGAGACUCAGAGUAAAGCAAUGACGAUGCUAACACUAGACCAGCUGUCUUACCUGCUAAAGUUUGCACUCCAGAAGAUGAAACAGCCAGGUACGGAACCCUUCCAGAAGCCAGUAUCUCUGGAACAGCAUCCGGACUACGCAGAGUAUAUUUUUCACGCCAUGGACCUCUGUACAUUAGAGAAGAAUACAAAGAAGAAAAUGUAUGGCUGUACCGAAGCUUUCUUGGCAGAUGUGAAAUGGAUUUUACACAACUGCAUAAUUUAUAAUGGAGGAAAUCAUAAGCUCACUGCCACAGCUAAGGUCAUAGUGAAAAUCUGUGAACAUGAGAUGAAUGAGAUUGAAGUCUGUCCGGAAUGCUAUCUGUCAGCUUGCCAAAAGAGAGACAACUGGUUCUGUGAGCCAUGUAGUGAUCCUCACCCUCUCGUGUGGGCCAAGCUGAAAGGGUUUCCAUUCUGGCCUGCCAAAGCACUGCGGGACAAAGACGGGCAGGUGGAUGCUCGCUUCUUUGGGCAACACGACAGGGCGUGGGUCCCCUUAAACAACUGCUACCUCAUGUCCAAGGAGAUUCCCUUCUCUGUGAAGAAGACUAAGAGCAUCUUCAACAGCGCCAUGCAGGAAAUGGAGGUCUAUGUGGAGAACAUGAGGAAGAAGUUUGGAGUGUUCACCUACGCCUCCUUCAGGACGCCCUAUACCCCUGACAACCAGUACCAGAUGCUGUUGGACCCCGCCAACCCCUCAUCCGGCUCGGUCCGGCCGGAGAAGCAUGAAAAGAUCAAGUUCAACUUCGACAUGACUGCAUCUCCCAAGAUGCCCUUGUCCAGGAGCGUGCUGUCAGGAGGGGGUGGGGGCAUGGGCGGGGUUGGAGGGAGUACAGGCCGGAGGAUCUCCCUGACAGAUAUGCCCCGCUCGCCCAUGAGCACUAACUCCUCUGGUCACACAGGCUCUGAUGGAGAGCAGGAGACACCAGACAAGGGCCAGGCUAGAGCCCCUGCUAGCCACUACAGUGCUGGGGAGGAGUCCAUGGACUGCACAGCAUCACCGGCUUCCACUCGACCUGAUCCUGUCUCUGGUGCCAAGGACAGCCCUAAACCAUUCCACACCCAGGGCCCUGCCCUGACUCUCGUUCCCAAGCAGGAGAAAGCAACACCCACAGGGAGCAUCCUUAAUCUCAACCUGGACCGAAGCAAAGCCGAGAUGGACCUAAAGGAGUUGAGUGAGACUGUGCAGCAGCAGCAGCAGCAGCAACAGCAGGGGGUGCCACCAGUCCUCACCUCACCCAAAAGACAGAUCAGGAGCCGCUUCCAGCUCAACCUGGACAGAACCAUCAAGAGCUGCAAGGCCCAGCUGGGUAUAGAUGAGAUCUCUGAGGACGUGUAUAAGGGAGUGGAACACAGCGACUCCGAGGACUCUGAUAAAUCAGAUUCGAGUGACAGUGAGUACGCCAGCGACGAGGAACAGAAACCUAAAGGGGGCCAGCAGACUGAGGCCAAUGACAAGGGUGAGAAGGACCCUUCCAAGAGGGGGUCCAAAGACCCCCUGCCCCCCAUCCAAAACAAGGAGGGCAAAACAGAGGGGCCAGGGCCAGCAACUGCAACAGCAACCAUGGGAGAUGCAGGGGUACCAUCUACCCUCUCUGAAUCCUUGUCAAAAGAGAAGCAGGGUGUAACGUCAGACAAAGAGCCCCCAGAGAAAGCCAAAGCAGUCCCUGCAUCCCUAGCCCCCAGAGAGAAGCCCCAGGUGAAGCAGGAGGCCAGGCAGACCUCUCUGGUGGAUGACUCCGACUCUGAGAGGGAGCUGGUGAUUGACCUGGGGGAGGACCAGGGGGGCAGAGACCGGAAGAGGACUAGGAAAGAUGCACACGCCACCAAAGAUCCACCAACCAAUAAGACAGAGGGUAAAGCCCCCACCCUGUCAAGUGCCCUUACUCCAUCUCAAAACAACACAGCCCCUUCCUUAACCCCCAGUGUGAAAGAUUCAUCACAGUCUCCACUAGCCAUCCCUCUAAACAUGGUGCCCUUCACUACUGCUGCUCCCACCACCAUUGGCCCGACCACCCUGGCCAGUGCCACAUCAACAGCCCCCAUCACAGCCUCCUCCGCCACCACAGCAGUAAAGAAACAGCGCCCUCUGCUGCCCAGGGAGACUAUCCCGGUGGUGCAGCGGGCAGUGGUGUGGAACCCCACCAACAAGUUCCAGACGUCCUCCCAGAAGUGGCACAUGCAGAAGGUGCAGCGGCAGCAGCAGAAUCCGCAGCCAGAUACGCCUCAGCUGCAGACAGCAUCACCUGACCAGCCACAGACACAAAAAUUGCCCCAAACGCCGGCAUCUGCAACAUCUUCAUCAUCAUUAUCGCCAGAGCAACCUUCCCAAAGCACGCGGUACCAGACCAGGCAAUCUGUCAAAGCUGUCCAGCAGAAAGACCCCCCACUCAGUACGUCCACAUCGGCUGUUACCCUGGUGACCAGUAUCCCAGCCUCUGUGGCCAUGAUGGCAGCUCCCGGAGUAGGCAGUGGCCCCUCCACCUCCAUGGCAGGGGACUUCCAGAUCCCUACCGCAUCAGCAGACGUAGCAGCUGACAUCGCCAAGUACACUAAUAAAAUAGUGGAUGCAAUCAAAGGGACGAUGACUGAGCUGUACACCGAGCUUUCCAAAAGCACUUCAGGGAACACAAUAGCAGAGAUUAGACGAUUGAGAAUUGAAAUAGAAAAACUGCAGUGGCUUCAUCAACAGGAGCUGUCAGAAAUGAAGCACAAUCUAGAGUUAACCAUGGCUGAGAUGAGGCAGAGUCUGGAGCAGGAGAGGGAGCGUCUGAUGGCGGAGGUAAAGAAGCAGACAGAAGUGGAGAAACAGCAGGUGGUGGAUGAGACCAAAAAGAAACAGUGGUGUGCCAACUGCAGGAAGGAGGCCAUCUUCUACUGCUGCUGGAACACCAGCUACUGUGACUACCCCUGCCAGCAAGCCCACUGGCCAGAACACAUGAAGUCCUGCACACAAUCAGCGACAGCCUCACAGCAAGAGCCUGAGUCAGGGUCCACGGCAGAUGGCUCAAACAAAGCCUCCGGACAGUCCAACAGUGGCCAAACUUCUCCCAGAGGAACGACAGCAUCUGCCCCCACAGACAAAGACUCUAACAUGGAGAAAAGCAAGGACAAUGUCACUGUCAGUCUGUCCUAACACUGAGCCCUUGCCAUGGCAUUGAGUUCACACUUGAACCAGUAACAUAAAAUUCCCGACACCUUCUUAGCUACUGUACAUGGACAUGUUUCGUUAGCAUUAGUCUUUUCAAGCUGCUGCUCUGAAGGUAUCAAAAUACAUUUUUAUUUUAAGUGAUCAUGACCAGAAUUUCAUUUUUCCCCAACGCUAUAAUCAUCCUUCUCCAUCUCAAAUUCAGAUGUACUUUAUGCCCAAAGUACUAUGGGACAAGUAACCACUAGAGAGCGCCACCUGUUCUCUUAAGCACUGUCACCUUGCAUUACACACACUUUGCAAGCUCAUAGAGAAGCAGCUUUUCAUGGCCAAAUUUGUGUGAGGCAGAUGUACAGAAAGUGUAUCUAUUGUUAUACGUAAUAUUAAUAAAACUGUAUUGGGAGUACAUAAUACGUUUUGGUACUGUGUGAAAGAAUUGGACAGUUUGGUCAAUGAUCACCCAGAUGACCAAAUUUAAUGUGAAUGGACCAGAAUGGAACAUGGCUUCAGAUUAUUGUUGAUACAAAUUAUUUUCAACCGCCUUCUUGUAUGUUAAUUUAUUCAUUAUUUAUGCUGAAAUGUUGCCUACAGUUUUAUUCAGGAGAUAAUGUUUGAUGGACUGCCUGUUGAAUUAAGAUAUGGUACAGAGAUAGUUAUAUGAAGCUUUUCCAUUUCAGAAUGUUUCUUUCCUCCCUUAGGACUAACGCUCAUCAUAAUGCAACCGACAUUUGUCCUGUAUUCAUAUUUCUGUGUUCAUACUCUUUCAUCUUGUAUUGUUGUCACUGAGAAAUAAACCAUAUUUAUGGCAAACACAGGCCCUGAGAGGGAACAGAAUACAAAACUAGUUUUUGAAUGCCCUUGCAUUUUCUACGUGUCUCCCACAUGAUGAUACAAAAACAUAAAUGUAUUUGGUUGAAAAUGAUCGGCUACGGUGAACUGACCACGUCUUUGUAUGUCAGGUUUGAACACUCUACUACAAUUUAUUCACUCAUCUGCAGGAAAACCCAUUUGAUUUUCAAAAUUUUCUCCUACAGCACACUGUAAUGGAGUCAUCCCUCCCUGCCACGGUAUAGAGAAGAGACUAAUGGAACUCUGUUGUAUUUCAUGUUUGUUUACAUUCUGUAAAUAAAUAAAGUGUGUUCUAAAACUGUC